AUGAAGGAGUUAAUCUUACUAAUCAGUCUUUAUCUGCUUGUAUCUACCAAAGGAGCAUCAGGUCAGCCUGAUGAGCUCCUUGACUCUAUGGACCGCCAAGCUUCUGUUCAGCACCUUUCAAGUGAGUACUUUUCACUCGCAAACCCUUCAGAUGUUGAGGCUUUAUAUGAGACUUCUUCCAUUGUGAAAGCUCUAAAUGAUCAUUCAAAUGAACACAGUUCAAGUGAGCAUGCUGUAAGUGAACAUGAACAUAUUUCAGGUGAGCACACUUCACCUGAACAAUCUACAGGUGAGCAUGCUGAGCACGGUGAACAGGUGUCAGGUGACCAUCCUACAGAAGAACAGGCUUCAGGUGAACACCCUUCAAAAGAACCAUCUUCAGGUGAACAGGUUUCAGGUGAAAAGGGUGUUGAAGAGCCAAGUGAACAUAACUUAGGUGAAGAGGCUUCAGUCGAGCACAAUUCAGGUGAAAUGGGUUCAGAUGAACAGGCUAUGAGCACAUCAUUUCCAAGCACAUCUUCAGGUGUAGCAAUAAGUUGCCACACAUGUGCUUACAUGAAUGAAGACGGAAAAUGUCUACGUGGAGAAGGGGUCUGCACCACUCAAAAUUCCCAGCAGUGCAUGUUAAAGAAGAUCUUUGAAGGUGGAAAACUCCAGUUCAUGGUUCAGGGCUGUGAGAACAUGUGCCCAUCUAUGAACCUCUUCUCUCAUGGAACAAGAAUGCAAAUUAUGUGCUGUCAGAAUGAACCUCUCUGCAACAAGAUCUAGAAGCCUCUGUUCCUGCUUCUUGUUCUGACUCAGGCAGCAAAGUCGCUACCACUCCACUUGUUCAAUUUAUAUUCAGCUUCAACAACUAACCACAUCUACCUCUGCCUGAGCAUCAGAA